AUGAAUGAAAUAGCUCUCUCGUUGCUGGCGCCAACGCAGCCAUUGGACGCUGACCAGGGUGUUAUGUCACCGAUGGCCUCAUCAGACCAGGCACCUCAAUUGGUGACUUUCGGUUUGGCUGAAACAUCAUUUCCGUAUCGAUACACUUCGAUGUGCGCAACUAUUUGUUCAAGUACGCAUUCUCGGGCAGAUGCUGCGGCUGCGAAGCAGGCGCAGUAG